CGGUGACAUCAUCAUCAGGACGCGCUGCCAUUCAUUGUUCCCUUCCAAGUUCACACUGCUGGCUCCAUUCCUCCCCCCAACGUCGCCAUCUUCCCUGGCAAUCGUGCGCAAACAACUUUCUAGUUCCCAGUUUUCUUCUCCCUCAAUCACGGCAGACAUUGCGUCAACGCCGACAACCAAGUUUGCGUUUGCCCGCCAAAGAAUAGAUUAGAGCUAGCACACCAGGCCAACCGCUCCCCUCGCCACUCCCCUUCGCCACACCAUGUCCAAAUCUACAACUUUCCGCCCAAUCCUCCGCGCGUGGAAACGCUACCUCGAGCUCCUCGAAGAAAAGCCUCUCCAAACCAAGGCCCUCUCCGCGGGCGCCAUCGCCGUAGCAGGCGAUGUCAUCGCUCAAAAAAUUGACACCUCCCCCGACCACCCCAACUGGGACCCCAAACGCACAGCACGGCUCGGCCUCUACGGCAUGGCGCUGAGCGCGCCGCUGACCCAUGGGUGGUAUAAGGUCCUCGACAAACGGUUGGGCGUCGGGAUGGAUCUGACGACGAGUCUGAAGAAGGUUGCGGCGGAUCAGGUUCUUGCUGCAGCGCCCUUCACGGCUUUGUUCUUUGUGUGCAACUCAGCUAUGGAAGGCGCGUCGGGGAAGGAGAUCAAGCAUCGGUUGGAGACCAAUCUGUGGCCUACGCUCAAGGCGAAUUGGGCGGUGUGGCCGGCGGCGCUGGCGAUUAAUUUCAGAUAUGUGCCGUUUAAGUUGAGGGUGUUGGUGGUCAAUAUCUUGGGAUUGGGCUGGGGAACUUACCUCUCGGUUGUGCAACACCGCCAGCAUGCCCAUACCAACGUCCAUCCCAAGCUUCCAGACCCAUACCCGAAAGACUCUCUCCCCGUUCCGCUCUACCCACCUGGGAACAUCAAGGAGGUUUGAACACUUUGUCAUAGACAGCUUAGCACCUCAUAUUUGUACAUCAUACAUGCCGGCUCGGUUUCUUGGCCCCCGUAGCUCUUAUGAUAUGAGACUCAUCCCUUUUUUGUUUUCGGAACCUUGCUGGUAACCGAGUUAGCCCCCACCUUUUGUGCGCUGUCCUUUCGUCCAUUACAUUUCCAGCGGUUUCAGUGCAGAAGGUACGAAUGUCAGGCCCGCUCUUAUGUCGUCUUUGCUGCACUUAUAUAUACCUUAUUUCGGUGGAGAAAAGAA